CGAGGCCGUGAGCUGAGACCUGAUGAAGAAGAGCGAAUCGACGCCGGUGGUGACAGCGGUGAGGGAGGCAAUAGAAAACUGGUAGUUUUGAGUGCGUUGGAGGGUGAAAUUUUCGCCUUUAAGGGUGAUGCAAAGUUGACGUCUUAGAGUAUUGGAAGAAACCUUACUGCAAACGUCUUGUCAUGGAUCCCAAUGGUUAUGUGGAUGAUAAAAGUGAAAGCAGAUUGUAUAUCGGGAACCUUGAUCUUAGAAUAACAGAAGCAGCUCUUAUAAAGAUGUUUUCUCCAUAUGGGAAGAUUGUAUCUGAGGAUUUCUUAUGGCACACUCGCGGCCCCAAGCGUGGGGAGCCCCGUGGCUUUGCUUUUAUCCAGUAUAGCUCAAGAGAGGAAGCAGAACUGGCCAAGGAGAAAAUGCAUGGGAAGUUAGCUUGUGGCCGGCCACUGGUUGUUCGGCUUGCGAGUGAGAAGUGCCUGUUAGAAACAGCCAAUAACUCAUCAAAAGUCACGGGAGAAGGGCACAAGAUACACCUUACCGGUAAUGGCAUGGGACAGACAAGUCGCAGUGCAAAAAUAGCUGCAAUAAAGAACAAAUUGAAAUCAAUAGAGGAGGAGAGCUCUAGGCCAAAGAAGCAGAAGCUAACUGAUGAUGUAUCUUGAAGCAAAUGUGUCAGUGAACUUUGUAUAACCAGGGAUUUGAUUCAAUGACUUGAAAAAUAUCAAUGGGCUAUGUGCCUGAAUCUGCAUAUGGUCGACUCUUGUUAAGCCACCAAUAUAUGCGACUCAGCUUUUUCUCUGUUUUCCGGUCAUGACUUGGCUUUACUAUUAUCCAAAGGCUAGGGUAUAUCUUUACGUGA